CUACGGUCAGCGCGAUCAUAAACACGGAAGUGCUGCAAGGUAUAAGCCGUCGACGCUCUGUUUAAAGGCACUGUGGAACUGUGGCACAAACGUGAGGAUGGACAAACGUGUGGCGGUAACGGUGCUCGUAGCUGCCACUUUAGCUCAGGUGAGCUGCGGUUCCUUCGGGUGGAAGAAGGUCAGGAACGUACAGGUUUUGGGUUUCGACUGGAAGAACUGCGGACCGCCUGAUGCUCCAGCUGUGCUGAAGACCCUCACCAUGUCUCCAGACCCAAUCUCCAUCCCAGGUGAUCUGACAGCCUCCGCUUCUGGGUCCACGGUCGUUGAACUCGGCGCUCCUCUGUCUGGCUCAUACACGUUGCCACAGUCAAUCUUCUACCUGCCCAACAUCGAUCUGCCCUACUGGCUGACUAACGGGGACUACCGGGUUCAGGGGGUCCUCGGCAGUCAGGGCAAAGAGCUGGGCUGCCUCAAAGUCACGCUCUCCAUCCACUCAGACUGAGCUGUCAGCCGGAGCCUCAUGGUUUUAAAACUGGGAAAUGAAAAAAGUUUUCACCAAUGAGGGAGGGGAGAUGUGGGAUAAUAAUCAGAAGAAAAGACGACAAAAACAGGUUUUAUGGGAUGAAACACACAGAACAUGAGCUCCUGCAGCAAUGCACGAAACCAGGCGCAGUGAUGCACUGAAACAUUCUCUUUAGUGAAAUUACAGGUUUUCUCCACGUUAAGAUGCAUCCAAGCUGCUCUUCUUUCAUUCUGUAUGAACACAAACUGCGUCACUGUAUCUGCUGGAGCCCUUAUCAUGCUUUUUAACCAUUGAGAACGAUUUUACAGGAGCUGAAAUUUUAUUAAAACUACUUUUAAUUGCUGGAAAAGCUACUGAAGUUCCUGUUGUUCAUCAACUUUUUAUAGUUUUCAUCUCCUGCAGUAACAGAAAAACUAAUUAGCAAAAAGCGAAGCCUUUAUGUCAAAAUAUGAUGUUAUUAUUAUCACAGGUAUGAAAUGAUCUGCUCACAUGAAGGAAAAUAGAUUUAAACAUGGAUGACAGAGAUGCAUAAAUAUGCUGAAAUAAAUCACAUGAAUGCUCUUAAUGAAAUAAUAGAAACCAAUCUCUUUUUUAGUUUUGCUUUAAGUUCCACUUGAGUCUAAAUCUCAACCUUCAGUUAUCCGAACAGUUCUGCACUUCAGUCAGUCCCCAAAGGUCUUACUGGUUUCAUGUUUCCUGAGGAACUAAACCUGUCAGCAUUAACAUAAAGAAUAACCACUGGAGCUCUUGCUCCUGUAAUAAUAAAGACUGUAAGAUGGAGGGGAUGGCUGUCUGUUUAUGAUUUCUUCAUAAUUCAGCUGUCAGCGGUCCUCAUGACAAAACUUGGAACAAAAUGAUGUUGCAGCUCACUGAAUUUUAGUGCUACUGUCUAAAAACCUGCUAACAUUUGUCUAAUUUAUUUCUUAUUUUUAAACAUUC